AUGGAUUAUGCAAAGAAAUGUGAAGCCUGUCAAUAUCACGCGAAUUUCAUUAAUCAACCGCCCGAGCCUCUACAUCCGACCAUAGCCUCGUGGCCUUUCGAAGCAUGGGGGCUUGAUCUGGUCAGCCCUAUAACACCUAAGUCAUUAGCAGGGCACUCAUACAUCCUCGUAGCCACUGACUACUUCUCAAGAUGGGCUGAGGCUGUCGCGCUAAGGGAAGCUAAGAAAGAAAACGUGGUGGAUUUUAUCCGCACUCAUAUCGUUCAUCGGUAUGGUAUUCCCCAUUGGAUCGUGACAGAUAACGGAAGACAAUUCUCCAACAGUUUGAUGGACAGGUUGUGUGAAAAAUUCAAAUUCAAACAGUACAAGUCAUCCAUGUAUAACGUCGCUGCAAAUGGGUUGGUUGAGGCAUUUAACAAGACAUUGUGCAACCUACUGAAGAAAAUUGUUUCCAAGUCGAAGAGAGAUUGGCAGGAGAAGAUCGGUGAAGCAUUAUGGGCUUAUCGCACCAUUCAUCGUACCCCUAUAGGAGUCACCCCGUACUUUCUCGUUUAUGGGGUAGAAGCUGUCUUUCCUUUGGAAAGAGAAAUUCCAUCGCUAAGAAUGGCGGUGCAAGAAGGGCUCACUAUAGAGGACAAUACCAAACUGCGGCUCCAAAAGUUGGAAGCACUGGAUGAAAAAUGA